AAACAGAUGGAUACAUGGACGAAUAUGACUCACUUUGUCCUCUUGGGCCUUACACAAAAUCCAAAGGAACAGAAAAUCCUCUUUGUUUUGUUUUUGCUCUUCUACAUUUUUACUUUGGUGGGUAAUCUGCUCAUUGUUGUGACUAUAGCUGUCAGUAAGAGCCUGGAUUCUCCAAUGUACUUUUUUCUGGCAUGUUUAUCAUUUAUGGAUGCAGUUUAUUCCUCCUCUAUUUCCCCUAAACUUAUAUCAAAUCUAUUCUUUGGAGAAAAUAUCAUAUCCUUCAAAUUUUGUAUGGUUCAGCUCUUUAUAGGGCACUUUUUUGGUGGGUCAGAGGUCUUUAUUCUGUUGGCAAUGGCCUAUGACCGCUAUGUAGCUAUCUGUAAGCCACUGCAUUACUUGGUUAUCAUGAGACAAUGGGUAUGUGUGGUGUUGUUGAUAAUGUCCUGGAUUGGAGGUUUUCUUCACUCAGCAAUUCAACUUAGCACAAUUUAUGGACUUCCAUUCUGUGGCCCCAAUGUCAUUGAUCACUUCAUUUGUGAUAUGUAUCCAUUAUUGAAGCUCAUCUGUGCAGACACCUAUGUCAUUGGUAUCUUAGUAGUGGCCAAUGGAGGACUCAUCUGCAGUAUUGUGUUCCUGCUCUUACUCGUUUCUUAUGUUAUUAUCUUGCACUCUCUAAAGAACCUGAGUCAGGAAGGGAGGCGGAAAGCCCUCCAGACCUGUGGUUCCCAUAUCACUGUGGUUGUUCUCUUCUUUGUUCCAUGUAUUUUUAUGUAUGCAAGGCCUGCUAAGACUUUCCCAAUUGAUAAAUCAUUGAGUGUAUUUUAUACAGUUGUAACACCCAUGUUGAAUCCUUUAAUUUAUACUCUGAGAAAUUCAGAGAUGACAAAUGCUAUGAAGAAACUCUGGAGCAGAAUUGCAUCUCCUGGUAAAUAA